UUUCUUGCAGAGGUCUUUCUGUGAAGAGGAAGCACCGGAAACUAGGAUCUGUAAAACUCAGAGUCUGUCUGAUAGAGAACUCUGCGAUCAGCGUGCAAGAUCAAAGGUCUAAAGUGUCGAAGUCGUCAGUGCAGGACUUGAACUGUACUCGUGGUCUGGAAGAAGCCGACUUCCUGAACCUGUUGAGAUCCAAGUUCCCUCAGCUGACUGGACAGUUUGACGUCUUCACAGCCGACGCCACCAACAAAAUGUCCCAGCUGGAAGUUGCAGCGCUGACGCCAGAAGCGAUCCAAAAGUCCCUUCAGUCCAGCGGGAAAGGAAGAUCAGUGCUGUACAUCCAAGCAAAGGUUGGAUGUGAAGAGCAGACGUGUGUGAAAGAGAGAGAACAUGAACACACAGCAGAGAUGACACAAACAAGCAAUGACACCAUGAAACAUACAAGCGAUCCUCUUUCAAGAGUAGAGAUCAACAAAGAAGAUGCAAGAACACAGCAGAUGGAAGCCGAGGAUGAUGAUGAUGAUUAUUACGAUUAUGAUUAUGAUAACAGUGAUGAUGAUGUAGGUGGGCGUACUUUCCUAGACACCAGUGACCUUGAUGAUGAUCACGUGGACCAUGACAUAAAUAUGUACCAGAACCCGACGAAACUCGACGAAAGCGCUACUGACGCCCCACCUCCAUCUUUCAUCUGUGCAUUGGACAGCGAAGGGGAAGUUGAUGAUGAUGAUGACUGGAAGCCAGACGGGCGUGAUGAAGCUCAAUCGUCAAACACAAAAACACGACACUCGCUGCAACUCAGGGUCUGCUUACUAAAGGACAUGCAGAUCAGUGUCCUUUCAAAAAGAGCUUACAAACAUCGAGUGCAGAAGCUGAAUUGUCCUCGUGGCCUAACGGAGGCUGACUUCCUGGAUCUGCUGAGGUUCAUCUUCCCUGAGCUGCCUGAAGGUGACCGACCCUUCGACGCCUUCUUGACUGACAAAUGCAAGAGAUUACAGCCGCUGAGAGUAAAGACACUGACACCCGAGGAGAUCCUGAGGUCCAUCAAGUCCACUGGGAAAGGAGGAUCAGCUCUUUACAUACAACUCAAGAGAAAAGACGAAGCCACCAAUGACACUCUGUCCACCUCUCCAGCACUGACAGGAAGUGAUGAAACCAGACUGCAGGCAAGUUCCCACAACAGACGGCAACAUCACAUGGAAACAGAGGACGGUGAUGACGGAGAAGAUGGUGGAUUAUCAGAAGCCCUUUCUUCUGAAGACCUUGAAGCUGAGAGCAAAGGUGACGACGAUGAUGAGGAAGAUGAGGAGGAGGAUGAGGUGAUGGUGGAUGACAGAGAUGGCGACUGGAAACCAGACAAGAGCGAUGAGGAGCAGGAAGAGGGUGAACCUGAACUAAACUCAUCCAAGACGACGAGGAAGCUACCAGUCAAAACUAAGAGAAGCAAACAGAUGCGGUCGACUGAGAACAGUGACGCUCCUCUCUCUUGUAAAGUCUGCACAGUUCUGCAAAGGUCGACGAGCAUGUUGGUAAAACAUGCCUGGAGUCAUGUGGACGAUCCAGAGAGUGUUUGUGGAGUUUGUGGAGAACAUUCGGCGUCUGCAGAGGAGCUGAAGAGUCACCUUCAAAGCCACCAGAAAACUCACAGCUGCGACAUCUGCGGAAAGUCUUUCAUCAACUUAAGCAGCCUCAAAGAGCACACAGCCGGACACACGGGACAGAAAACAUAUCAAUGUGACAUCUGCCACAAAGCUUUUCAUCUGAAGAGAAAGUUGACUUUUCAUCAGCAUGUCCACAUGGAGGAUAAACCAUUCAAAUGUGACUUCUGCCCGCAGUCUUUUUGUUUCCAGCGCCAGCUGAAGAUUCACAGAAGACGUCACACAGGCGAGAAACCAUACCUCUGCAAAGUUUGUGGCACAUCUGUUAGCGACUUUCGAGCUUUAAGCCGACACAUGCUUAUUCACACCGGGGAGAAACGUUAUAGCUGUCAAGUCUGUGGAAAAUGUUUCUUAAGUCCCGAAAAAGUGAAAGAACAUGAGAAAAUCCACACGGACAGAAUCAAACCGCACCUCUGUGACGUUUGCUGCAAAUCGUUCCCCACGGCAGGUCAAUUAAAUGCUCACCUGCAAACACACAACAAGAAGAUGUCCCACACAUGCAGCGAAUGUGGGAAGGUGAUGUCCACUCUGGGAGGUCUGAAGAGACACAUGAUAAACCACAGCGGGAAGAAACCAUACAGCUGCUCAGAAUGUGGACAAUCCUUCCUCUUCAGGAAUAUUCUCAUAGCCCAUCAGAAGUUACAUUUGGGCUUAAAACCGUUUGUUUGUGGGGUUUGUGGGAAAAAGUUUGCCAGAAAACACUACUUGACUGUUCACAUGAGGACACAUAACGGGGAGAGACCGUACAAAUGCUCUCUGUGCGACAAAGCCUUCACUCAGAGCCACUGUCUAAAAACACACAUGAAGAUCCACAAGGAGGAAAAAGAGUCAGCAGUGGAUGGCCUGAUGCUCAGUUGAUGGACGACUGUUCUACAGCUACAACUAACUAUUGUUUUCAUUGGCAAUUUUCUCGAUCAGUCAAUUAGUUGUUUGGUGCAUAAAGCGGUGAAACGUGUCACUGUUUCCCAAAGCGACGUCCUCAAAUGUCUUUGUUUUGUCAUCACCCAAAUUUUACUGUCUCAGAGGACGAAAGAGACCAGAAAAUAUUCACAAUUUAGAAA